CUGCUUACCUUAAAACCACCGCGUGUUCCUGCAUCGACUUUCGACUUUUCCACUCGCACUCACUCACUCACAUCACCCGUCACUUUCUGCUUCCGUUUCUUUACGCACUCUCUCUCCCGUUUUCACUUCGAAGCCCUAGUCCACUCCUUUCAAAGAUCAACUUCGACUCGAACCUGAAUUCGCCUACAAAAACGUUCCGGUAACGGUCAACAACAACAACACUCGCUCCGAAAACCAACCACCACCGCAACAACACCCAUAAUAAUCACCAUCAUGAAGUCCUUCGUCUCUCUCGCGAUUUUCGCUGCGUUCGCUUCCUCUGCCCCCUCGGGCACGCAGCUCCUCGCCAAAUCCGCUGCCUCCACCUACCCCGGCGCUGCCCUUCUCGGCAGCACCAUUGAAGGAUGUUCCGUUGACUCCAGGGGUGGCAUGUACGCCGUCAACCAGACUCACUUUGUCUCACUCACGGACGCUAGCAUCUCCAAGCCCCUCCUCGUUGGCGCCGGCGGCACCGAGAGCUUCUUUGCCUCGUCGCGCUGGACCUGCAGCAUGGGUGCGCUGGUCGGCGAUGCAGCCGCUCACAAGGUCUGGAAGGCCACCGGCGCUGCCACCCUCUUUACGGAGAAGGGCAUGGUCCAGCCGAACGACUUCACCGUCUCCAAGUGCGAGAAGCGCAUGUAUCUCGCCGGCAUGAACUACACCGCCAACACCGGUGACCUCUGGUACUACGACGUCGCCAAGGGCAAGGCCGUCGCUGUCCCCGUUCCCGUCGGCACCGAGACCUUCCGCAUGAACGGAGUCGAGCUGUCCCCCGACGACAAGACGCUCUACGUCACCUCGGCCGAGAACAACGCGAACGCGACCCAGGUCCUGUCCGCAAAGAUCUGGAAGUUCAAGGUCGACCCUGCCACCGGUAUCCCCAGCUCCCCCGAGGUCGCCAUCGAUCUGUACAAGACGCUCGAGGCCAUGAGCCCGCCGCUCGACCCCAAGACGGCCGGCAUGGACCCCGACGGCAUGCGCAUGGACAGCAAGGGCACCCUCUUCAUGACUCUCAACGCCUUCGGCAAGGUCCUCGUGUGGGACACCAACGGCCCGACCUGCAACGCCAAGGUGAUCGAUCUCGAGACGAUCCAGAACCCGACCAACCUCGAGCUCGGAGGAGCCGACGGAAAGACUCUGGUCGUGGUCGGCCGUUGCCGCGCCGAUCUCGCCACCAGCUGUGUCGAUAGCUACGCCCACAACACCGCCGGUCGCGCUUUCACCAACCUGCAGGGAAAGCAGUGCACCACCGCGCCCAAGUCCAAGAGCUACUACUAGGUGUGUAGAAAGGUGUACACGGACGAGGAGGUGCCAAAGGAGUACGUGAACAACGACGGGGAGGACGUGUC